CUCCGGUGCCAAAAGAAAAGUGCAGAUCCUGGGGCUCCAGGGGUGAAAGUGGUGUGAGACUGGGUUAUUUCUGCAGUGUGGAGGCAGCCUUGAACCCUGUUCAUAUUCAGCCAGAGCUGUUGAAUUCAGUGCAAUCCAUUUCUGUGGAGACAGAGGCCCAGAGACCCCUUCUUUGGGGGGAUCAUGUGGGACGACGAUGAAGACGACGAUAAUGACGAUGGUGGUCCCUCCUUUGAGGCGAGAGGCUUUGAGGACUUUGGGUUCGGGUUCACCUUUGGCCCAGGAGGGAUGCGUUUCCGCAAUGCCUUUGGGUUUGAGGAGCUCUUUCGGGACUUCAAUGACCUCUUCAGCGAGAUGGGGACCUUGGGCUUGCCUUCGCGGCCUUUCGUGUUCCCUGGAGUAGAAGCACCGCCACCGACUGACCCAUCUCUCACGAAGAGGCAGACGCUGCGAGAUUCAAUGCUCAAAUACCCGGACAACCACCGACCCAGCGCCAGAGCACUGGAGGAGAGCUUGAGUCCUCCAGCUCCAGAGAAGAGGCCUUGGCGUUCCUUCCAAGGGCUGCACGAGAAUCAGCCGGCUCCUGCAAACAUCCCAAAAGAGGAUGGAGACCUAGAUUUGCGUGUCAAAUCCGAAGGCCUUGAAACUAUCCUGCCAUCAGCCCAACCCCGGUCUUAUUUCAAAAGCGUCUCCAUCACAAAAGUGGUGGCACCAGAUGGGACAAUUGAGGAACGCCGGACGGUGCGUGACAAUCAAGGCCAUGAGGAGACAGUUGUCACUCACCGGGGCGGAGGGGAACCAAUUCUGGAUGGUGGCCGGCUGGGAGGACCAGGCCCACGCCACGGAGAGAACCUGAAUGACUCUUCUUCCAUCCUGGACACCUUCUUCCGUCGUUGGUUCUCAAGCCGGUAGUGCUGCCUAGUGAGUAGCAUUAGAGGUGACACUCGCUGCUCUCUGUCCCACCUUGGAAGCCAACUACGACUCCAGCUCCUGCCUUGUAUCUAAUUUCUUUCUUGUGUGACUUCAGCUGCUGGAUUGUCCCUCUGUCUUCUGAGAAGGCCUUGCAGCCAAGAAAAAUGACAAUGAAAUAAAGUCUCUAUUUAUUCUUUGAA